AGGAGGAGGAGGAGGAGGAUGUGGCGCGCGGAGGGGAAAUGGCUGCCGAAAACAAGCCGGAAGAUGAUCAUGGUAACAGCAAUGGCAGUCAUGUGAAAAUUUUCCUACCCAAGAAGCUGCUUGAAUGUCUACCAAAAUGCUCUUCGCUACCAAAGGAAAGACACAGGUGGAACACAAACGAGGAAAUUGCAGCUUAUUUAAUAACAUUCGAAAAGCAUGAGGAAUGGCUGACCACUUCCCCUAAAACCAGGCCACAGAAUGGGUCAAUGAUCCUGUACAACAGAAAGAAGGUCAAAUACCGGAAAGAUGGGUACUGCUGGAAGAAACGAAAAGAUGGCAAAACUACAAGGGAAGAUCACAUGAAACUGAAGGUCCAGGGUGUAGAGUGUCUCUAUGGCUGUUACGUCCACUCGUCCAUCAUCCCAACGUUCCACAGGCGAUGUUAUUGGCUACUGCAGAAUCCAGACAUCGUCCUGGUCCACUACCUGAAUGUACCUGCUAUAGAGGACUGUGGGAAGCCGUGCGGCCCAAUCUUAUGCUCCAUCAACACUGACAAAAAAGAAUGGGCCAAAUGGACCAAGGAGGAGCUGAUUGGACAACUGAAACCCAUGUUUCACGGGAUCAAGUGGACCUGCAGCAAUGGGAACAGCAGUGCUGGCUUCUCUGUGGAGCAGCUGGUACAGCAGAUCCUCGACAGCCAUCAGAGCAAACCGCAGCCCCGGACUCACAACUGCCUUUGCACUGGGAACCUGGGUGCCGGCAGCAGUGCACAUCACAAGUGCAACAGUUCCAAGCACCGCAUCAUCUCUCCAAAGGUGGAACCCAGGGCUGGGGGCUAUAGCAGCAGCCACUCAGAAGUGCAGAACAACGAUGUAUCAGAGGGCAAGAAUGAGCACAGCCAUGGGAGUGGCAAGGGUGGAGCACAAGGAGGCCGUGAGAAGCGCAAUGGCAAAGUGUCCAAGCCAGUGCUGCUACAUCAAAACAGCACUGAGGUCACUUCCACAAACCAAGUGGAAGUUCCCGACACCACUCAGAAUUCACCCGUGUCCAUCAGCAGCGGGCUGAACAGUGAUCCUGACAUGGCUGACAGUCCAGUUGUAACUGGCCUGACCCAUGUGGCCUCCGUUAUGAGCGGCCUGUCACAAAGCACUGCUGUAUUCAUGUCAGAGGUGACAGGAGACCCUGUGUACAGCAUGUCCCCCACUGGAGGCCCAAACCAGCACCUCAUUUCUUCUGACACCUCAGCGCAAGGACUAGUCCUUGCUGUCACCUCUGACAGCCACAAGUUUGCCUUCCCCGCACCUGGGAGCGCCGCCGAUGGCUUGGCAAUGCUGUCUGCAGCAGGAGUGUCUGAGGAACUGGUCUUGUCAAGUAGCCUCGACUCAGUAGGGCCUAAAAUCCCUGAAACCACCAUGAACUUUGACCCUGACUGCUUCCUCAAUAACCCCAAGCAAGGCCAGACGUAUGGGGGAGGGGGGCUGAAGACAGAAGGGAGCAAUGGGAGCAAUGCGAAUAGUAGCAGCAAUGGGAACACCAGCAGCAUGGGGCGUUCACCCCCUGUUUCAGACACCACUUCAGGGUUUGGUUUCUCCACAACUCUGGUGAAGACAGAAAUAAAGACCGAGGACACUUCAUUUGAGCAGCAGCUAGCUAAAGAAACUAACUACCAGGUGGGGUCUGUAGUGAGUGGUGGCUCUUCAGGCCCGGGAUCCUCAUCCAGCUCUCUGUCCCUUACACCUGGCACCACCCUUCUGCCAUCUGGUGGUGGACUGAGUCCAAGUACCACUCUGGAACAGAUGGACUUCAGUGCCAUUGAUUCUAAGCAGGAAUACCAGUCCUCUGUGGUAGCCACUGGCACUAGUAACUACGGUCAAACUGUGCCAAGCCCCCACCUGUCGCACCAGAGCCGCUCACCCAGUUUCUUCCUGCAAGAACCACCUCAACCCCCUCCACAGCAGCAGGUACCUCCACCAGCCAACACUCCUGGUUCCAACUUAUCAGAAUCCCCAUCUUUUAUGGGCCUGCAGGUUGUAAAGACUGAGAACCCAAAUGGAGGCAACGCUGGACACCAUCACCACCACCACCACCACCAUCACCAUAUGCAUCAUCCUCACCAGCAGCCCCAGCACACUCCUCCAAACUGCAAUGGAGGAGGUGGACUGGGGACCCCAGUUGAUCAGUCUCCCACACAGCAAUCUUCCCUGCAGCUUUUGCAGUUCCCUGCUGGAUUUCAGCCUAUGGCAUCAGAACAUCAAGAAAAUGUAAACCUGGAGCCAAAUGCAGGGGCACAAGGAGGCCCGGGAACUUCCCAAAAUGGAGUAGAAACUGGUGGGGUAGCAGAAAGCCUACUGAAGUCAGGAGACCACCUUCAAGUGUGUGGCAGCACUGAGCACUAUCUGCAGCAGGCCUCAGAGAGCAACACAGCAGGACUGCGCACAGGAAAUGGAAAUCCUAGCAACGGCACUGGAACACAUCAGCAGUUGCAACCCAUCUUGCAGAGUGCUGGUCUGGUACAAGGGCUGUAUCCAUCUGUAGGUGCUCACCAGUCCCUGGGGAGCACUGGAGGCAUGGAGAUCAGCCUGGACCAUUUUGACAUUUCCUUUGGCAACCAGUUUUCAGACCUCAUCAACGAUUUCAUCUCAGUGGAUGGGGGAGCCACUGUGGGCCCCUCGGGGGCACUAUAUGGGCACCAACUAGUGUCUACAGGCCCUGAAGGGCAGACCCAACCAGGACCUCAGACUGGACAGGAGGAGGGAGCCAGGACUACCUACAGCCAAGCCGAACUGUGUCUGCCAGCUUGCUGCAGCCCCCAGCAUCUGGGAGGAGCCACUGGAGGUGGGAAUGGAGGAAAUGGAGCCAGCACCGAUGCCAGUCCCCUAUCAUAUAUGCAUGUUGCAGAAGUAGUUUCUGCAGCUGUGGCACAAGGAGCUCUGGGAAUGCUUCAGGCCACUGGAAGACUUUUCAUGGUCACAGACUACUCACCAGAGUGGUCUUACCCAGAGGGUGGGGUCAAGGUACUCAUUACUGGACCUUGGCAGGAAGCCAGCAAUAACUAUAGCUGCCUCUUUGACCAGAUCUCAGUCCCAGCUUCCCUGAUCCAGCCAGGAGUAUUACGAUGUUACUGCCCAGCCCACGACACUGGUCUUGUCACUCUGCAGGUAGCCAUCAGCAACCAAAUCAUCUCAAAUUCUGUGGUGUUUGAGUACAAGGCCCGGGCACUGCCCUCACUACCAUCUUCUCAGCACGACUGGCUAUCUCUAGAUGAUAACCAGUUCAGGAUGUCAAUACUAGAGCGGCUGGAGCAAAUGGAGAGGAGGAUGGCUGAAAUGACCAACCCACACCAGCAAGUUUCAGGAGGUGAAGGAAGUGUAGGAGGGUCAGGAAACACCAGUCAGGCUCAGUGUGUUACUGGUCCUGGUCAGGCUGGCAGCUCCUUUGAAAGUCGAGUAGUAGUGGUUUGUGAAAAGAUGAUGGGCAGAGCUUGCUGGGCCAAAUCCAAACACCUCAUCCACUCUAAAACCUUCCGUGGUAUGACUCUGCUCCACCUGGCGGCUGCUCAGGGCUAUGCUACAUUGAUCCAGACCCUCAUCAAAUGGCGCACGAAACAUGCUGAUAGCAUUGACCUUGAGUUGGAAGUGGAUCCUCUUAAUGUAGAUCACUUUUCUUGCACUCCACUGAUGUGGGCAUGUGCACUAGGCCACUUGGAGACUGCAGUGGUUCUGUAUAAAUGGGACAGGCGGGCCCUGUCCAUCCCUGACUCUUUGGGACGGAUGCCUUUGGCAAUUGCUCGCUCAAGAGGUCACACAAAGCUUGCUGAGUGCCUGGAACAGCUACAGCGGGAGGACCAGCAGCCCCCCCACCUUCCACCCACCCAUCAUCUACCGUUUUCACAUGGUGAAGAAGCCACAACUGACAGCUGGAUUUCAUCAUGGAGUAAUAGUGGAGCUAUUGGUGCCAUGGAAGAGCAAAAGGAUGUGAGUGGCAUGACCAAUCUGAAUCCAGAUUUGAGGAGGCCAAGGUCUGAGCCAUCCAAUUACUAUAGUACUGAAUGUCAAAGGGACCUCCCAGUAGCCAAAAAACACAAACCUAACCCUGAACACUUCCAGUCCAGACCUGAUAAGUCCAUGUCUGUUCCAUUGAUCCUGGAACAGCAGCAGCUCCGGAAACUGAACAGCAGUCCAAAACAGCCGCUGGCCACUACUCUCAGUUCUGGCAAAGAUCUGGAUCAUGAAAGUACUGGGGAAAGUACAAUUUUUAGAGGAAUGGGAAACAUCAGCAAUAGUUCUUCUGGAUUGAAGUGGGGCGCAAAGGACUUUUACCAGCAGGUACAAGGAGGGCAGACAACCUCUUUGAGCAGAAAAAGUAGUGGAGGUAUCGUUAUUGGCAAAGACAAGUUGACUUACAGGCUGCGACAGCAUGAGCCCAUCAGUGUCCUGAUGUCAGAGGGUGAACUGUUAUCCUACCGUGAAAACCUAGAAAAUGAGGAUUGCCUGGCACACAUGGAGGACUUACAGGUAAAUAUGAUGACACUGGCUGAGCAAAUCAUUGAAGCUACACCAGAUAGAAUAAAGCGUGAAAACUUUGUCUCAGUGGAUGCUAUCCCUUUGGCAGAAAGAUUGGAUAGUGCUGGUGUCAGUAACCCCAUGAGCUGGCUGGCCAGUUACCUUGCUGACGUUGAGCACCUCCCAAGUCUCAUUCAAAUUCGAUCCUUCUACACUGAACCUUUGACACCCUCCUCAAACCCCAGCCUCAGUCCAGCCAGUUCUCCUGUUAGUGAAAGGGGCUUUGAUAAGCCCAGUUUUCCUUCUGCUGCAGACUGGACAGACUUCCUCACUGCCUCCAAUAACAAAGUGGAGAGGGAACUGGCACAGCUGACUUUGUCUGAUCCUGAACAAAGAGAGCUGUAUGAAGCAGCCCGUCUUGUGCAGAGCGCAUUUCGCAAAUACAAGGGGCGAUCGCUGAGGGAGCAACAAGAAGUAGCAGCUGCUGUCAUUCAACGUUGCUACAGGAAAUACAAGCAGCUUACAUGGAUAGCCUUGAAGUAUGCACUUUAUAAAAAGAUGACGCAGGCCGCCAUCCUUAUCCAGAGUAAAUUCCGCAGUUAUCAUGAGCAGAAGAAGUUUCAGCAGAGCCGACGGGCAGCUGUGCUUAUUCAGCAAUACUACCGCAGCUACAAAGAAUUUGGAAGGCUACGGCCCAAUCGGCGCAGUCACAAGCUUAACAGUCUGCUCACAAAGAAACAGGACCAGGCUGCACGCAAAAUUAUGAGAUUCCUGCGCCGUUGCCGUCAUAGCCCUCUGAUGGAUCAUAGACUGUACAAGCGGAGUGAAAGAAUUGAAAAAGGCCAAGGAACUUGAAGACUUGCAAGGUCGCCCCCUAGCGAUGUGACAUCUUUUUUCAGACUCUUUAUUUUUUUGUUUAUACCAGAGACAUUUUACAAAUAUAGCAGAGAACAAAACAGUGCAAAGAAAACACUACUACUGCUACAAUUUUAAGAGAAAGUGGCAAAUCCCGCAAAUUUUAAACUUAAAGGGUCUUAUCUUCAUUGCAUUUUUUGCACUUUUUUUAAGGGAUUGACUGCUUUCUGUUUCCAUUUCAUUUGGUAUUCAAAUGAACAAGGCAGACCUGAGAGGACUGGAGGAGUCCAGAGUUUGGUUGCACCACUGGAGUUAAAACAAAAACAAGAACUUCCUCCACUGCAGGCAGACCAGUACAACCAGCUCCAAAUCCUUGGAACUUUGGGAACUGCUCAAGAUUUUUUUCUUUUGUUAAUUUUUCAUUCAUUAAUUUAUUUUUUACUAAAAGUGGCUUCUGUUUUCCAUUUUCAAAUGAAUCUUUAACCAAAAAUCAUAAAACGUAUAUAUAAAAAAAAAACACAAAAAAAAAAAACAAUGCAUGCACCCCAACUCAGUUACAGCAUUAAAACAAAAUGCCCCUCUCCUGUCACUGGGAAUUGAUGGGGGGGGCCAUUGAAUGUAGGUGGGCUUUUAACAGUUAGGGGUGCGGCUUAAGCAGAAGAGGGUACCCUAGAUGGUGCCCCCCACUUGUUCGCUGUUUAGCAAACUGUUGUCUUUGUGUCCAGUUUUUGUCCCCCCACAGGCCUGCCUUUUGUGAGUCCCGUGGUGUUGAUUUUUACUUCAAGUCGCGGAGAACAUUGCAUGUGUGUCUCUUGCAUGCUGUCCGCUACCUAUUUGUCUGUUUUCCCUCGAGACUGUAGUACUUCUGCUUUCCUUGCGGUCCCUGCUUGUUCUGCGCACCUUGUCAGCAUCAUCUCGGCUUAUAUAUAUCUAUAUAUACACACCUGUGUGUGUGUGUGCGUGCGUGCGUGCGUGCGUGAGUGUGUGUGUGUGUGUGUGAAAAUGAUCGGUUAACAGGUGUCUUACUGUAUUUAUGUAUAAGCUGAAGUCAAAAACUCUACUUCCUCUCUUCCUGCUUUUAACACACUUGUCUUUUUAUUGAGUUUUUUUUUUCCAAAAGGAACUUUUUUCUUUUCUUAUUUUUAAUUUUUUUUCUCAAAGGAAUGCUCACAUGUUUUGCCUUGACAUGCUGGGGUCCGACCUUCGGACCUCUGCCAUUUGCCCCUGCUGGCCAGACAAAUCCAUAUUUUUGGUUAUGCUGUGGUUUCUGUACAUACAGAAGGAAGAGGUGGCUGUGAGGAGCUAAGCAUUAUUUGAAGGGGAUUAUAUUUGCUAUAUAUAUAUUAUUUUCUUCAUAAAAAGGGGUUAAUAACAUGGUAAGAGAGAAAACUGAAUAUUUGUAUAGUUUUGUUUGAAUGCCUAAGCAGUGUGGAUGUAUUGUUUGUAAAUAGUGUAAAUAAUUACAAAAGAGAUAUGUGCAUGACCUUUAUGACAUGAACAAAGUAAAACAAAGCAUUAGUGGCUAUGGUCUGUAAAAUGAAAACAAAUAUUUCACUAUAAAAUAAUUUAUUUUAAAUGUUCUUUAAAAGAGCAUUUUGCUAACGCAUGACCUUACUGGCAAAAAAAGAAGAAAAAGACAAAAAAGCUACUGUACUUAGAUGUAGGAAAAGGCCGAAUUAUCUUAAAACCAGGGUUAUGUUUACAUUUGUUUUGGGCUCCCAAGAUUUGAACCUUCUUUGCCGAUGGUGCCAACUUAUGCGAAUGCUAUAUUGCUUAAUGAGACAAUUACCUUAGAACUUUUGCAGAGCUGAUAAUCAUGAAGUGUUAACAGCCAUCCACUCACUCCAGUAAGGACUGGCAAAUCAGAACAGAGCAUGGGAUAGGAUGUUGCUUACACAGCAGUGAGGCAACAAGCAAACCAGUAUAAUGCCUUGGAAAUAUGGGAGUUUAGCUUUCAGAGGGCAGGAACCUGGCUGGUGGGCUGCCCGGAGCAAGACCUGCCAGCGCCUUGUGCUUCUUUCAAAUAGGACACAAUCACGUAGCUUUGAAGCGAGAUGUGCACCCAAAACCUAGCACAUGGCUGCCAGGCUCCCACUUCUCCAGGGCUCCAUGUCUUCAAGACCUUGUAAAACAAAGCAGGCUGUCCCUGGCAAAGCUGCAAUUGGACUGACCGGUGUUAUUUGGGUUGCAGAUUGUCUCACAAAAGGAAAUUUGAGCACUGUGCUGAAAUUUAACUGUAGCCCUCUCUUUUGAUGAGACUUGCUGUCCUCAGACCUCAUUACCUUUUUUUUUUUUUUUUUUUUUUUUUUUUUUUUUUUUAUAUAUAAUAAGUCUGAGAGAUCUGCUGGAGUGACAUGCCACCUUGUUACAGUGUUACUGCAGUAUUCACGUGGGAUGUCAUGAAAAUUACUACUGACCCCACCAGGGUUACAACGUAUGCUUGCCACAGGCAAGAGUGUAGUGACUAACCUUGUCAGCUUGUUUUUGUAUUUUUGUUGAAAAUUUAAAGUCAGUGUUUGACAUGGAAAAAUUUGGAAAGUGUUUUUUAUAGAAAGUGCCUACCCGAGUUAGCUGCGUGGGGGCCUACUGGACAUUUGAGAGCUAGAUUAGUGUUAUGAGAUAAAAAGGCAGACAUCCAAAUGCUUGUGUUAAAGAAUUGUAUGGUUGCUUUUGAUCUUUCUACACCCCGGUUUUUGGGUGAUGGAUUUUCAGAAAAAGAAAAUCAGAAUGUCGGAGCUCUCAGAAGACAGUAGGCAGACCCUGUCAAAGCUACAUGUUGCUCAGGGCACAGUGUAUGAGGCAAGACAUGACUGCAAGCAAAGCUCGUUUUUGAAUGAUUGGGGUGUGUUGAUGGAGGGCCUAGAGGAUAGUGUUAGCAUGUUUUACAGGUGCCUGGUAGACAGAAUGACACCUAGAGGACAGUACCCCAGUAGGGUGAUUAUGGGUGGCAAGAUACCUGUAGGACUGCCAAGACAAGGCAAGUAAAACACCCUUCCAUUGGCUGGUUCGUCUCCAGGGGUUAUAAAGCUGGGACUGCAAACUGUUCUUAUUUCAUUAGAAAUGUUUUCAUUUAGCAGCAGAAAUUAGAAGGGUCACAGAAACCUUUGUCCAUCUUUUUUGUCAUGCGUUUUAUUAUUAUCAGAGUUGUUUCAUUUUGGAUGUUUUUGGUCACUCUCGUGUAGGGUUCAGGUCUAUGGAAGGGUCAUUGAUUUACACUGGAUACCCUUCCACACCCCCAUAAAACACACAGCAUAAUGUUUAGAACAAGAUAGCACUCUGUAAGAGGAAUCCUGAUGACCUUUCUGGUUUUGACCACUUGUGAUCACAAAGCAAUAACAUUUCCAAAGGUGGAGCCCUCUGUUUUAUCUACAUGUAUAUGUCAUCUAUACUGGUGUGUGUGUGUGUGUGUAUGUGUAUACAUAUAUACAUAUAUAUAUAUAUAUAUAUAUAUAUAGACACACACACAUAUAGGUGGACAGAAGAUGGGCGCUCCUCUUAUGCAAAUGCCGCAGCGGUAUUCUAGGACUAGCACUCCGUAGAUAGCAACAUCCGGAUUUCAUGAGACCCUUUCGUGUUGCAUGUUUCUCACCAGUUCGGAUCAGUAGCUGCCCAGCGGCUUCAAGUCGGGGCCCCCGACACUUUGCAUGUUAAGCUAGUGUAGAACUCUCUUGACUCCCUUCUUUCUCUAAUUUUCCCAGUCCUCUUUCUCCCCGUCUCUCUUCAUUCUUGUCUUUCUCAUUUUCUAACCCUUUCAGUCUCUUUGCCCCUUCCCACCUUUCUCUUUUCCUUUACUCUAGCUCUCUCCUGAUCCUUGUCUUGGCCAUCUCUUCUUUCUUCCUGUCUCUCUCUCUCUCUGUUCCUCUCUUUUGUAAGUUUUAUUUUUGUAAUUGUGCAUGUAUAAGCGUCACUGAAUCAAUGGAGAUGUUAAAAAAAAAAUUCAGCUGCUGAAGCCAUGCAAACAUUUUGAAUUGCCCUUAAAUUAUGGAAGAUGUUUUCUGAAUGCUUUAUAUUCUUUCUGCUGUAAAAUAAAAUUAAAAAAAAAAAACACAAAAGAAACUUUGCUCAACA